UUUCCGACAGCCGAGAAAACGGGGCUUGCGGCCGCAACUGCGAGAAAGGUCGCUUCAUCCAUAUAGCAUAGGGUGUUGGUCGCCCAGACGGUGGAACUGCAAGGAUGUCCAUCGCCGCCGUCGCCCAUCGCCAUGUCUUCGGCUUCAAAGGCGACGUCAACAACGCCAUCGCCUACCUCGAUGAGCAAACAGUCAUAUACCCAGCCGGACACAACUCCGUGCUGUACAACACAGAAAGCAAGCUGCAGCGGUUCAUCCCCGUGACGGAAAAAUGUGAGGCCAUCACUGCUAUGGCUAUCUCUGCCAACAAGCGGUACAUUGCUAUCGCGGAGCGAGGGGAGAAGGCUUCUUGUGCGCUGUAUGAUUUGCAUACGCUGAGAAGAAGGAAGACGCUUCAGAGUACGGAUACGGAGAGCAAGGAUUUUGUAUGCGUAGCAUUCUCCGCGGAUGCCAAAUACAUCCUGACCCAAACAGGCCCACCAGACUGGACACUCUACUACUGGUCCUGGGAAAAAGUCAAAGUGAUGGCCUCGGUCAGGACUACAUCCCAACAAGCCGACCGCGCGGCUACUCGGGGCGAGAUAGCGGGCUCGGUGGCAACUCUGGCCGGAGGGAGUGGGAAGGAAGGAGGAUUGGGGAGCGCCAUCAAUCAAGUCAGCUUCAACCCGUCGGAUAACACGCAGCUGUGCGUUAUUGGGAAUGGGAUCUUCAAGCUUUAUAGAUACUCGGAAGGGCUGUUGAAGCAGUUUUCGUUUCAGAAAGUGGAGCCGAAGAACUACUUGUCCCACUGCUGGACCACCGAAGACCGGAUCAUCGUCGGCACCGAAGAUGGCAAAAUCAUGAUCUUCGAGCCGAACGGCGAACUAAAGACCGAGUUCAACCACGAACACGGUCCAUCGGGUGCCCUCCGCUCCGUUAACACAUUGCUUUCAUAUUCCAAGGGGUUCAUCUGCGGUGGAUCUCAGGGAAGCAUCACUAUCUACGACAGGAAUGAGGAGGCGGGUACUGCACUUCCGCCGGCGCCGGGGCAGAGCGUGGCUGGGAAGGACAUGUUCAGAAAGGUGAAGGAGCUGAAGCUGCAUUCGGAGAAUGCGAAAGUGGCCAAUAUGGCUCUGAGUCCGAGUGAGGACAACAUGGUUGCUACGACAGAGAAUAAUCAGCUUUUUGCGUUGAUGUUGGCGGGCACAGAAGUGAAGGGCGAAGAAUCGAAAUUCGAGAUGUUCUCGCAGCCCUUCCACCACGGCCAAAUAACAGGAUGUGACACCUGUAUCCGUAAACCACUGGUCGUGACUUGCUCCACCGAUAGAUCGGUUCGCGUAUGGAACUACUUGGACUCGUCGUCGGAGCUCGUGAAAUAUUUCCCAGAGGAAGCUUUUUCAGUGGCCAUUCAUCCGAGUGGGCUUUAUAUCCUCGUUGGAUUCAGUGAUAAGCUGAGGCUGAUGAACCUGCUUAUCGACGAUAUCAGGACGUUCCGGGAGUUUACGAUUCGCGGUUGUCGAGAGUGCCGGUUUUCCAACGGAGGACAAUACUUCGCAGCCGUUCACGGGAAUACGAUCCAGAUCUACUCCACUUGGAACUUCGAGAACCUCGGCAACCUGAAAGGCCACAACGGCAAGGUCAAAUCACUCUUCUGGACCCAAGAUGACGGUCGGAUCGUGUCUGCUGGCAUGGACGGUGCGAUCUACGAUUGGGCGCUGAGGGACCUGACGGGUAGCGGUGGUGGCGGCAUCAAGCGUGAAGGCGAGAGCAUUCUGAAGAGUUGCAACUACACAUGUGCGAUUGCCACUGCGGAUGGGAGGAAUAUCUAUGCUGUCGGAAGUGAUAAGACUCUGAAGGAAAUCACGGAUUCGCAAAUUGUUCGAGAACAAGAGUCCGAUGUCGUACUCACACAAGUGAUCCUGUCGCAAUCCGGCCGGAUGAUGUUUGUCGGCACGGCGAACGGAACGAUCCGUUCAAUAAAGUAUCCACUUGGAAACGAUAACGAGUUCCAGGAGCAUCAAGCGCACUCGGCACCCGUAACGAAGCUUCGAGUCAGUUUCGAUGAUCAGUUUCUCUUUUCAACUUCAGAAGAUGGCGCUCUUUAUGUUUUCAAGAUCUCUGAUAAAGAAGGGAGAGGGUUGAAGCGGGACCGUGAAAUUGUCUACGCCGAUGAGAUCUCGAGGAGAAAAACUCCACAAUGGCAGAGCUCAAAACUCGUGUAGAAGAGCUCAAGAUGGAGAACGAGUACCAGCUUCGUCUCAAAGACAUGAACUUCAACGAAAAGAUCAAGGAGGUCACCGAAAAGUUCAUGCAGGAGAUCGAGG